AUGGGUGGGAAUCCGUUCCCCGAGGAUACGAUCCACGGGGCGUUCGUGGCGUCCGCGAACGCCGACCCGGAUGCGAUUGCGCUUCUCGGCGACGACGACGAGGGCACCCCGACGCUGUCUUUCGGUCAGCUCGCGGGUCUCUGCCGGGGCCUGGCGUCGCACCUCGACCGGGGAUCGCGAGGGGCGGAUCGAUGCGGGCCGCCCGUGUUUCGCGGAGAUCCGCGCGGCAUAGGGGUGGGGGCGUCCGCGGCGGUGUCGUUGGAUUCGAGCGCCGAGCUCAUCGUCGUUUAUUUCGCGGUGCUCAUGGCCGGUAAGGCUUUCGCGCCGCUCGAGACUUCCCUCCCUCCCGCGGCGCUCGACGGCGUGCUCACCGCGCUCGUAGAUGACGCCAGCCUCACGCAUCACAUCGUCGCCGCGAUCGCCCCCGACGGGGACCCGCCGACCCGCCCGGGCGUACGCACGCUGGCCAUCCGCCUGACGAGAUCGGGUUCCUCGUCGGGCGGGGGAGACGACGACGGCGAGCCGUCGCUGGAGGUGCGCGAAAGCGGGGUCCCGGUGACCUACAUCGGAUGCGACGGACGCGACGGCGUCGGCGGGUGGUGGGCGUCGGACCGUCACGCGCGCGACGGCCCGGACGAUGUCGCCCACGUCAUCCACACCGGCGGCUCCACGGGCCGGCCGAAAGCCGUGGUGUGCUCGCACCGCGGGUCCCUCCUCUCGCACGCCGCGCGGCGCCGCGCGCACCCGUACGUCACCGGCGACGUCACCGGCGUGUGCGUCUUUGGGGUGUGGGACGCGGCGUGCGCGCUCCUGGCGGGAUCCCCGGCGGCGAUGCUCCCGCCCGGGAUCAUUCGAGCGGGGGGCGACGCUUUGGCGGCGGCGAUGUCGGCUCGGCGGGUGACGCGGACGCUGCUCACGCCGUCGCUCGCCAAACUUCUCCUCGCGGCGGCGGCGGAGUCGGAGGCGGCCGUCGAGGCGCUCGCGGGCCUUCGCGUCCUCGUGCUCUGCGGCGAGACUUCGUCGCCGUCGCUCGCGGACGACUUGCUGCUCCGGAUGAACCCCGCUCGUCGCCAAACGCCCCCCGGGGUACUCGCCAACCUGUACUCCACGUCCGAGGCGCACGACGUCGCGCUCGAGCCGAGCCUCAGCCUCGGGGUGCCGACGACGACGUGCGGGUCGCCCCACGACCACGUCGAGCUGGCCGUCGCGGACGACGACGGGGGUUUAAUCGCCGAACGGGGGAAAGAGGGGUGGCUACACGUCGCUGGUGACGGCGUCGCGGCGGGAUACCUCGGCUCGCACGGCUGGGAUGCCACGAGGCAAAGGUUCGUGUCGAGGACGUGGGCGCCGAUUGCGACACAACCGGCGACGACGAGCGAAGCGAGGACGUGGUACGACACAGGGGAUCGCGCGAUGAUUCUGGCGGACGGCCGUCUGGCGGUGCUAGGACGGGGCGACGCGGGGGCAGGCGGGCGGGUGAAGAUACGGGGGAAGCUAGUCGACCUCGCGGGGGUGGAGGAGGCGCUGGAAGAUCACCCGCUGGUCGAAGCUUGCGCGUGCGUCGCUCGGGCGCUUUCUCGGGACGGUAUCGGUGUCCGGGCCGUCUCUGGACCGUCUCCGGAAGGUCCGCCGGCGUCGCUGGUGGCGUUCGUGAAGCGCAGAAGACGUCUACGGGACGUCGGAACGGGCGCGGAGACGGAGGAAAGGGAAGAAGGAACCCGGAAGGAGCAACGGCGGGAGGAAAACGAUGAGGACGGGGAGGAGGACGGCGAGGAGGAAGGGCAGUUGAGGGCGUGGCUGGCGGACAGGCUGCCGCGGUGGAGCGUUCCCGCGAGGAUCGUAUUCGUCGACGGCAUCCCGCUCACCGCCGCCGCCGCGUCGUCGGCGCCCAAGCGCGACAGGCGAGCGUUGGCGAACGUGCCGCUCCCGCCGGCUCCAUCGACUCGUCGGCCGCGUCUGACACGUGUCGAACACGUGUCGGACACCGAAGCGCCACGUCAGCGCUCGGGUCACGAAGAGGUGGUCGCCGCCGCGGUCCGGCUCGCGGCGAAUACCCUCGGAGUAUCGCCGGCAUCGGACCCGUCGUCGAAUGGGACUUCACUGACGAUACACGGGGAGAGCGGCCUCUUCUCCGAGCUCGGAGGCGCCUCUUUGGAGGCGCAGGCGCUCCUAUUCGCGCUUCGUUCGGCGCCGGAGUUGAAUCCUAACCCUGAAUCCUACCCGAACCCUACGUACGCGUGGGAUCGAAUCACGCCGGCUGACGUCAUCGCCGCGGAUACCCCCGCCCGGAUCGUCGCCGCAGCCGCGGAAGCCGCAAAGGGUACGACGGGUACGACGACGGGCGGCGGGGCGCUGACGGCGCGCGGGUUGUUCGCGGAGGCGGCGGGGGUGGCGAACGAGCUGGGAAUCGGGAUGUGGAGCGCCGACGGCGGGUGGCGAGACUACUCUCGGCGGGUGGAAGACGCGACGAGUGGGACGACGACGAACGGGGCGUCGAACGGGACCGGCGCGUCGAUUCGGAGCGCGAAAGGGGUCCUGCUGACGGGCGCCACCGGCCUCCUCGGUCGUCGGCUGAUGACGGAGCUGCUGGCGCGGAUGCGCGACGACGCCGAGUUAAUCUGCCUCGUCCGCGGCGCCGACGACGACGUCGCCGCGGCCCGGCUGGCGUCCACGCUCUCAUCCUCAUCCUCUUCCUCUUUUUCUUCCGAGAUUCCUCCACAACACCCUAGCACUAACCCCGAGGGUGUCUUGGACCCUCGCGUCCGGGUCAUCGCCGGCGACGCGGCGGCUCCGAGGCUCGGACUCUCUUCAAAGGCUUACGCACAGCUGGCGUCGAGCGUGGACGUCAUCGUUCACGCCGCCGGCGUCGUCAGCGCCGUCGCGCCUUACGCGAGCGCGGCGUUUGGUAACGUGGCGCCGGCGCGGGAGAUGAUUCGCCUGGCGUUGACGCGGCCGGGGCGGAUCGCGGUGCACCACGUCUCCUCCAGCGCCGCGCUCCCGCCUCUCGGAACGCCGGCCGCAGCAGAGGAGAAGUACUUUUACGGGGUGAGCGGGAACGCAAAAGGGGUAGGGGAGGAUGGAGACGGGAAAGGGGAGGGAGCGACGUUCUGGUCGGAGCGAGCCACGUCCGGGGGCGAGCCCCUCGCGGCUCUGGCGUCCGCCGGGGGAUACGACACCGCGAGGGUCCACGGCGGGACGUGGCAGGGAUACUCGCAGGCCAAGUGGGUGGCCGAGAUGUUGGUGUGGGCGGCGGCCAAAUCCGCGGGCGUGCCCGUCUGCGUCCACCGCCCGGGGAACAUCGGGCCGUGCGCGGUGACCGGCGAGGGAUGCGAGACGGACGCGACGCUAGCGUUGGCGUGGGCGACGUGCGCCGGGGCCGAGCGCACGGGCAAACAGUCGGAGGUUGACUUUGCGAGUCGGUCGACUCUCGGCGGGGUGGGAACGACGUGGCGGCUGUGGUGGACCCCCGCCGACGUCGUCGCGCGCGCGGUGGCGGUCGUGGCCGGCAUGACCGGGGACGCGUGGGGGAACAGGGCGCUGCACAUCGACCCGUCGGAUCCCCCGCCAGCGUCCGCGCUCUUGAACCGCGCGUGGGCGCGAAUGAGGUCUGAUCGAACGUGGCCCGAUCGAACGAGGUCUGAUCGAACGCGGCCCGAACCGACUGGAACGGUGUUCGAACCGACGGUGUCCGAUCCGAGUCACGGGACGCGCGAGGAGGAGCGUGAUGGUGGCUGGGACGAGGAGGACGUUGAACUCGGACCGUGGCGUGAGGCGCUCGUCGCGGGUCUCGCCGCGUUCCCGCCAUCUCUCCGAGGCGCUGCUCGAAAGGUGCGUUCGCUGAUGUCGUUGAAGUCCGGUCUGUCGGGGGCGAUUGGACGAGCCGAGCGACGCAUGGACACGGCCGAGCUGCGUUCCAUGCUGCGUCGUUCGGAGGAGGGCGGGGACGGGUUUAUGGACGUGUCGGAGGAGGUUUUGGGGAGAUACGUCGACCGGUUCGCGCGACUCGUUCGUAACGGCUAG